AUGCAUGUCGCACCCUUCUACUACAAAGAUCAUGGGGCCACUUUAAGAUACGGUGGUGGCAUCUCGGUCAAAUCGUGUUAUAUGCGGCCCGAGUCUCGCGGGAGGGUCGGUCUGAAUUCGGCUAACCCAAUGGAGGAGCCACUGAUUGACCCUAACUACUACGAUGUGCCCGCCGAUUUUGACCCCAUGAUGGCUGCAGUGCGAAAAAGCAUCGAGCUGAUUCAAACCAAGACCCUAGCAGAAGAUAACCUGGUGGUCAGUGGAUUUGGCGAUAAGGAUGUUAGCAACCUUACCGACAGCGACAUCAACGAGUAUCUGCGUGAAAAUACUGAAUCCAUCUACCACCCGGUAUCUACCUGUAAAAUGGGUCCAUUAUCAGAUCCUACGGCAGUGGUUGAGAUCGACGCUUCCGUCAUGCCCACAGUAGUAUCUGGAAACACGAAUGCACCUACCAUGGUAAUAGCCCAGAAAGCUUACAAUCAAAUGGUGGUCAGGAUAGAGUUGUCGACGUCACCGAUUCACCACUG